CCUCGCCCGGAGCCGAAAAAAAAAAAUUUCUAGAGUGGGCAUACUUUUCUCCCUAUAAAGUUGAUCCAACUUCCGCCUCAACCAGCUCCUUAUCAGCCUUUUUUUCUCUCCCCCUUUCCCCCUCCUUUUCCAAAGUACCGUUUCAUAGUACUUGGAUAUCUGCCUUUGUGCACCAUACUAUAAAGAUGUCUGACGAAGUUUACGAGGGUGCCAUUGGCAUCGACCUUGGUACCACCUACUCCUGUGUUGCCAACUAUGAGGGUACCAAUGUCGAAAUCAUUGCGAACGAGCAGGGUAGCUACACCACCCCUUCGUUCGUCUCUUUCACCGACAAGGAGCGUUUGAUCGGUGAGGCCGCCAAGAACCAGGCUGCUAUGAACCCGAAGAACACUAUCUUCGAUAUCAAGCGUCUUAUCGGACGAAGAUUCGAUGACCCCGUCGUCAAGAAGGACAUCGAGUCCUGGCCCUUCAAGGUUGUCGACCAGGGCGGCAACCCCUUCGUUGAGGUCGAAUAUCUGGGCGAGACCAAGACUUUCUCCCCGCAGGAGAUCUCCUCCAUGGUCCUCAUGAAGAUGAAAGAAGUUGCCGAGACCAAGCUCGGAAAGAAGGUCUCCAAGGCUGUCAUCACUGUCCCUGCCUACUUCAACGACAACCAGCGUCAGGCCACCAAGGAUGCCGGUGCCAUCGCUGGCCUGAACGUUCUCCGUAUCAUUAACGAGCCUACUGCUGCCGCCAUCGCUUACGGUCUGGGCUCUGGUAAGUCCGACAAGGAGCGCAACGUUCUGAUCUACGAUCUUGGUGGUGGUACCUUCGAUGUUUCCCUGCUCAACAUCCAGGGUGGUGUCUUCACUGUUAAGGCCACUGCCGGUGACACCCACCUGGGUGGUCAGGACUUCGACACCAACCUCCUUGAGCACUUCAAGAAGGAGUUCCAGCGCAAGACAGGAAAGGACCUUUCUGGUGACGCCCGUGCCCUGCGUCGUCUGCGUACCGCAUGUGAGCGUGCUAAGCGUACCCUGUCCAACGCUACUCAGACCACUGUUGAGAUCGACUCGCUGUUCGACGGUGACGACUUCAACACCCAGAUCACUCGUGCUCGUUUCGAGGAUCUGAACGCCAAGGCCUUCUCUGGCACUCUGGACCCCGUCCAGCAGGUGCUGAAGGACUCUGGUCUGGCCAAGAGCGCUGUCGACGAGAUUGUCCUGGUCGGUGGUUCCACCCGUAUUCCUCGCAUUCAGAAGCUCCUCAGCGACUUCUUCGACGGCAAGAAGCUCGAGAAGAGCAUCAACCCCGACGAGGCCGUCGCCUACGGUGCUGCCGUCCAGGCCGGUAUUCUGUCUGGCAAGGCUACUUCUGCUGACACUGCGGACCUCCUGCUCCUUGAUGUCGUUCCUCUCUCUCUGGGUGUCGCUAUGGAGGGUAACAUCUUCGCCCCCGUUGUUCCCCGCGGUCAGACCGUUCCUACCAUCAAGAAGCGCACUUUCACCACUGUUGUCGACAACCAGCAGACCGUGCAGUUCCCCGUUUACCAGGGUGAGCGUACCAACUGCGCUGACAACACCUCCCUUGGAGAGUUCACUCUGGCCCCCAUUCCUCCUAUGAAGGCUGGUGAGGCCGCUCUCGAGGUUGUCUUCGAGGUCGACGUCAACGGUAUCCUUAAGGUUACCGCUACCGAGAAGUCCUCCGGACGCACUGCCAACAUCACUAUCUCGAACGCGGUCGGCAAGCUGUCGAGCUCCGAGAUUGAGAACAUGAUCAACGAUGCUGCCAAGUUCAAGACGAGCGAUGAGGCUUUCAGCAAGAGAUUCGAGGCCCGCCAGCAGCUCGAGUCUUACAUCUCCCGUGUUGAGGAGAUGGUCUCCGACCCCACCAUGUCUCUGAAGCUCAAGCGUGGCAACAAGGACAAGAUCGAAUCCGCUCUGAGCGAUGCCAUGGCUCAGCUCGAGAUUGAGGACUCCACCCCCGAGGACCUGAAGAAGAAGGAGCUGGCCCUCAAGAGACUGAUGACCAAGGCUAUGGCCACCCGGUAAUUUGUGAUUCCUCAGCUUAGCGACAUGAAGGGGUCAUCUCUUGCAGGAGCAUGGUAGCCUCUGUGGCCGUCCUUCAGGCGGAAAUUCGUUGUAUUUGGUCGUUCCUCUAUUCCCAAAAGUUUCAUUUAAGGACCCGGUUACAUACUUGUGACUUUUUUUUUUGCAUCGAUGAAAAGAUACAUCAGGCCAAAAAGAUGUUUAUGGCAUUGGCAGUUUUCAUGAGUCAUGUGAUGGGUCUGGCAUACUGGCGGGGUUUCCUUUUAUUCAGUCUGGCUUUUGCCUUUUCCGCUGUUCUCUUUGUUCUCUUCACUUCUAUCUCCUCAUGGCUCAUAGAAUAACGAGUAUCUGAUAAAUGUUUAUGUCCUAGCGUACUCCUAGGCUUUCGCGAUAGAAUCAAGGGAGUGUGGUCACUUAAUUUCCUGG